UUUUUUUACAUCGGGCUCGAAAAGCAGGGGGCGUGGUAAAGAUUGAAAUGACGAUAAUUUGAUAUAGGUGUUUUGGACUCUAAAAAUGUCUUUAAACUUAGCCGCAACGCCAGCGAUAAAACGAGCUGUUGUACAUAUAAAUGAACUGGAUAUAUCAAAGUUUCCCUUACUGUUGACAAGGAUUCUUUCUAAGCUUCAUUUGAAGGAUGAAAGAACUUUCUCAGAAGAGGAGGAGGAGAAACUCCAGUCCUCACUGUCCCUAUCUGAUACUGACCUAGAAUUAGUCAUUCAUACACUGGAGUUCAUACUACAUCAGGCAGCUUAUCACACAGCUAAACCAGGGAUUUUAGGCCAGCAGCUUCAACAGUUAGAGCUAGAGGAGGAAAAAGUAAGAGUUAUUGUUGAUGCAUGGAAGAGCACAGCAGCAGAUGUAGUAACAAAGCUUCGACAGAGAAGCAUCACACCUAAACGUCUGGAGGACAUCAACUGGAGGCUGAACCUUCAGAUGGCCCAGUCCAGCAAGGCCAAGAUGAAGCUCCCCAAUGCCAUGUUUGAACUGGGAGUCAGGGAUGAAAACUCCGAGAACAAAGAGAAAAUUCACUUUGAGAUGACACAUGAUGAAUUAUACUCAUUCUACAACCAGCUUGAAACAAUACAAAAACAACUGGAUGGUCUAGGCUGAAAAACUUGGCAAGAAGAACCAAAUGGUAUUGGUCAAAAAGUUCAGGAGUUUUUCCAAGAGCAAAAGUUAAAACACUUUGAAAAG